CUACCCUGUUCAUCUAAUACUACUACUAAUAAUAAUACAUUUAAUUUAUAUCGCGCUUUUGAAAGUACUCAAAGACACUUUACAUGUGACAUAUAUACACCGUAGACAGACACAGCUACGGGGAGCAAUUCAAUUCAAUUCAACUCAGUUUAUUUCUAUAGCCCAUUUUCACAAUUUACAAAUUCCCCUCAGAGUGCUUUACAGUCUGUACACAUAGACAUCCCUGACCUUUGACCUUUGACCUCACAUGGGAUCAGGAACAACUCCCAAACAACCCUUCAGGGUAAAAGGUCAGAACCCUUGAGGAGAGAACAGAGGAGGAUCCCUCUCCAGGAUGGACAGGUGUCAUAGAUGUCAUGUGACCAGAAGGAAUCAUUACACACACAUUAAAACACAGGAACAACACAAUGAAGAUGACAGAGUGGAUGAAGAGUUGGUAGUCGGCAUAUUCCACCAUCCAGACCUCCACGGUCCAUCAGAUGGAGGUCGAGAGGAGGAGUGGGCAGAGUCUCAGGGCCAUGGACAGCAUUAAUGUUAUUAGUUACACUUGUGUUGUUUGUACUAUUAAAGGUGAGUUUUGAGGUGGGUUUUGUAUAACAAGAUGGAGUCAAUGUUUCUGAUGUCAGGGGGAGGGGAGUUCCAAGAGUCUUGAGCCGCUCUGCCCCUCUGGAGCCCCUCUCCCUGACAUCAGAAACACUGACUCAAUCUUUUUAUUCAAAACCCACCUCAAAACUCACCUCUGAGGCGGGCCUCUGCCUGACGUGUUCCCCUCUUGGUUGCUCUGCUUUUUAACUGCUCUGCUUUUUAACUGCUCUGCUUUUUUAACCCUCCUAUUACCUUUGGGGUCAAUUUGACCCCAUUCAAUGUUUGACAUCUCUAAAACAAUUAUUGAGAUCAUUUUUUUGCUUCAUAUUUCAUGGAUUCUCCUAAUUUUUUGGGGAAACAUAUAAGAAAUAUCAACUUUUUUAUUUAUUUAAAGGGCUAUUUAGGUAGUCAACAAACACACAUAAAGUACCUGACACUUAAACUUGGGAAACAAUAUUAAUUCUAAUCAUUUUCUGGAGGUUUUAACUGCUGCGGUCAACAAGGGUAAAAGAUGUUAGUACAUGUGAAGGUAAUUACCUGCUCUGCUUUUUAACUGCUCUACUUUUUAACUGCUCUGCUUUUUAACUGCUCUGCUUUUUUAAUUGUGUCCAUCCUCGAACUGUUUGUAAUGUGCUGUACGGCGACCUGGAGUUCCUUGAAAGGCGCCGUAUAAAAUAAAUGUAAUAUUAUUAAACGUGACCGUGUUUUAUUUCUUUACCGGAAGUGACGCGCGCACUCGCCUCGCGCUCGGGGGCGUGGCCGGCCGACUUAUUGACAGCCGCUUGUUUGGCUAGCUCCACGUUAGCCUCCGUGUCGGCGGCUUGUGGCGGACUCAUUCUCUCCUAUGUUCGCUAACUUCGCCGAAGGGUCGAACCGGACGCGACAGACAUCGCCGCGUAACGUAUCCACCGGUUGACGGUUAGUUGUCGGUUAUCUGUUGCGUGUUGUCUCCCGUUAGCUCGUCGUUAGCUAUAUGCUAACCGUUCCUCUGAGCAUCGCGAGGAGCCGCGCGGUCCUCCCGCGCUGCAGGAUACGGAGGUCUCCGUGUGAUCUCCAGGUCGUUCCCGGUUCCAUGGCCGCCGCAGCGCCGAGCUGCCGCCAUGGCUGCGGCCGUGUCCGCGGAUGAGCGGCCGUGAGGAGAGGUCCAGCUGGAGGAGAUCGCGACGAUGUCCUUAAAAUCCACCAAAGUGGCCCCGAGUGUUGACUUCGACCACAGCUGCUCCGACAGCGUGGAGUACCUGACGCUCGACUUCGGCCCCUUCGAGACGGUCCACCGCUGGAGGAGACUCCCUCCGUGCGAUGAGUUUGUCGGCGCAAGGCGCAGUAAGCACACCGUCGUGGCCUACAGAGAUGCCAUCUACGUGUUUGGGGGAGACAAUGGAAAGAACAUGCUGAACGACUUGCUCCGUUUCGAUGUGAAGGACUGCUCGUGGUGUCGAGCCUUCACCACUGGAACUCCUCCUGCUCCCAGAUACCACCACUCGGCUGUGGUCUAUGGCAGCAGCAUGUUUGUUUUCGGGGGCUACACUGGAGACAUCUACUCAAACUCAAACCUGAAGAACAAAAAUGACCUUUUUGAGUACAAAUUUGCGACAGGACAGUGGACUGAGUGGAAAGUGGAGAGCAGCUUGCCGGUGGCUCGGUCGGCGCAUGGGGCCACGGUUUAUGGUGAUAAAUUGUGGAUAUUUGCUGGCUAUGAUGGGAAUGCCAGGCUGAACGACAUGUGGACCAUCAAUCUGCAAGAUCGAGAACAUGCGUGUUGGGAAGAGAUCGAUCAAAGUGGUGAGAUCCCUCCAUCUUGCUGCAACUUCCCUGUAGCCGUCUGCAUGGACAAGAUGUUUGUGUUUUCUGGUCAGAGUGGAGCCAAAAUCACCAACAACCUCUUCCAGUUUGAGUUCAAAGGCCACAUGUGGACACGGAUCCCGACCGAACACCUGCUGCGGGGCUCGCCUCCCCCUCCCCAGAGGCGUUACGGCCACACGAUGGUUGCCUUCGACCGUCACCUGCAUGUGUUUGGAGGAGCGGCCGACAACACUCUGCCCAACGAACUGCACUGCUACGACGUGGACUCUCAGAGCUGGGAGGUGAUCCAUCCCAGCAUGGACAGCGAGGUAUAUUUACAAAGGGCUGGGUCAAUAGUAGAAGUGGUCGUUCAAUAUCACAAAUAUAUCUCAAGAUCAAUUCUUUCUUUCCCCUUCCUGGCCCCUCAGAUGCCCAGCGGGAGACUCUUCCAUGCUGCUGCGGUGAUUCAAGAUGCCAUGUACAUCUUUGGAGGAACUGUGGACAACAACGUGCGCAGUGGGGAGAUGUACAGGUUCCAGUUUUCCUGCUACCCGAAGUGCACUCUCCAUGAGGACUACGGCAAACUGCUGGAGAAUCGUCAGUUCUGUGACGUGGAGUUUAUUCUGGGCGAGAGGGAGGAGAAAGUCUUGGGGCAUAUCGCCAUAGUGACUGCAAGAUGUCAGUGGCUACGAAAGAAAAUCCUGCAGGCUCGGGAUCGGCAGCGACAGAAGGCGAAACAGGACAGCAGCGAGGAAAGUGACGAAGGCACAGCUGGAAGUCCAAAGGACAUCCCGACAGGCAACAAGCCGAUGCUCGAGGUGUCCAUCAGAGAAGCUGAGGCCCAGCCCUUCCAGGUCCUAAUGCAGUUCCUUUACACGGACAAGAUCCAGUACCCCCGCAGAGGUCAUGUGCAGGAUGUUCUUCUCAUUAUGGAUGUAUACAAACUGGCCCUCAGUUUCAAGCUGUCCCGCCUCGAGCAGCUGUGUGUGCAGUACAUCGAGGCGUCCGUCGACCUCCAGAAUGUUCUCGGUGUUUGUGAAAAUGCCAACAAGCUGCAACUGGACCAGCUCAAGGAACAUUGCCUUAAUUUUGUGGUGAAGGAGUCUCACUUCAACCAGGUGAUCAUGACGAAGGAGUUCGAGCGCCUGUCCACUGCACUGAUUGUGGAGAUCGUGCGGCGGAAGCAGCAGCCUCCUCUCCGGCUGUACUCCGACCAGCCCGUGGACAUCGGGACCUCGCUGGUCCAGGACAUGAAGGCGUACCUGGAGGGCGGCGGCCUGGAGUUCUGCAACAUCGUGCUGCUGUUAGACGGACAUCCCCGGCCUGCUCACCAAGUCAUACUGGCAGCGCGAUCCAGUUACUUUGAGGCGAUGUUCCGCUCCUUCAUGCCGGUGGACGGUCAGGUCAACAUCUCCAUCGGGGAGAUGGUUCCCAGUAAGCACGCCUUCGAGUCCAUGCUGCGCUACAUCUACUACGGCGACGUCAACAUGCCUCCGGAAGAUUCCCUCUAUCUGUUUGCUGCUCCGUAUUACUACGGCUUCUCCAACAACCGGCUGCAGGCUUACUGCAAGCAGAAUCUGGAGAUGAACGUCACUGUGGAGAAUGUCUUGCAGAUCCUGGAGGCAGCGGAUAAGACCCAGGCCCUGGACAUGAAGAAGCACUGCCUGCACAUUAUUGUCCACCAGUUCAUUCAGGUAUCCAAGCUCCCCAACCUACGGUCUCUCAGCCAGCUGCUGCUGCUGGACAUCAUUGAGUCUCUAGCCACACACAUAUCAGACAAACAAUGUGAAGAGAUGGGCUCCGACAUUUAGGAUGAGGCCGAGUCGGGCUCCUCUCUCACGAGGCCGAGUCGGGCUCCUCUCUCACGAGGCCGAGUCGGGCUCCUCUCACGAGGCCGAGUCGGGCUCCUCUCACGAGGCCGAGUCGGGCUCCUCUCUCACGAGGCCGAGUCGGGCUCCUCUCUCGAGGCCGAGUCGGGCUCCUCUCUCGAGGCCGAGUCGGGCUCCUCUCUCACGAGGCCGAGUCGGGCUGCUCUCUCACGAGGCCGAGUCGGGCUCCUCUCUCACGAGGCCGAGUCGGGCUCCUCUCUCACGAGGCCGAGUCGGGCUCCUCUCUCACGAGGCCGAGUCGGGCUCCUCUCUCACGAGGCCGAGUCGGGCUCCUCUCUCACGAGGCCGAGUCGGGCUCCUCUCUCACGAGGCCGAGUCGGGCUCCUCUCUCACGAGGCCGAGUCGGGCUCCUCUCUCACGAGGCCGA